CCCCCAUCUUCACCUGAGAUGGCCCUCUCCAUCUACUUUUGUCCCUAAGUCACUCAAUUGCUCACACACUUGCGAAAAUAACCAAACAAUCGAUCAUCGCAAUGUCGUCUGCGAACCGGCCUCCCAAAAUCACCAUCAUCCACCCGGACCUCGGCAUCGGCGGCGCCGAACGCCUCAUCAUCGACGUGGCCCUGGCCCUCCAGAAUCGCGGCCACCGCGUCACGAUCUACACCUCCCACCGCGACAAGUCGCACUGCUUCGAGGAGGCCCGCGAUGGCACUCUGGACGUGCGCGUCCGCGGCAACACACUCUUCCCCGCGCACAUCGGCGGCCGCUUCCACGUGCUGAUGGCGAUCGCGCGCCAGGUGCACCUGACGUUGUCUUUACUAGCGGAGAGCUCCUCCUCUCCCGAUGGUGCAGGCGCAGAUGCUACGCAACCCCAGGACGAGGAAGAUGAGAUCUUCAUCGUAGACCAAGUCCCCGCUUGCGUCCCGAUCCUGAAGACCUGGGGUUCCAGGAGAAGUCCACGAACCCGAGCCGGGCAACAACGCCAGGCCCACCAGCGGAUUCUGUUCUACUGUCAUUUCCCGGAUCAGUUGCUUGCGCGGAAGGAUGAAGGCGGGGACUUGUUGCGCGUCGUCAAGACCUUGUACCGCGCGCCGUUCGACUGGUUCGAGGGGUGGGCGAUGAGCGCGGCCGAUAAGGUGGUCGCUAAUUCGCGGUUCACACGGGGGGUUAUCACGGGGGUUUUCGGCUCGCAGCGGUUGGGGGAUCUGAGUGUUGUUUAUCCUUGUGUGGAUACUGAGGCGCGUGGUGAUCGGAAGGGAGAUGAGGGGGCGGGGGGGCUGUGGGGGGGGAAGAAGAUCUUGCUUAGUGUUAAUCGGUUUGAGAGGAAGAAGGAUAUGGCGCUUGCGAUUCGUGCAUAUCAUGGGCUUGGGAAGGAGAAGAGGCUGGGCACGAGGUUGGUUAUUGCUGGUGGCUAUGAUCAUCGCGUUCAGGAGAACGUGCAGUAUCACAAGGAGCUGGAGCACCUGGCGACUGGUUUGGGACUGCAGACUGCGACGGCGAAGACGGUUGUCUCGGCGCUCUCGGUCCCGGACUCGAUCGAUGUGCUCUUCUUGCUGUCCGUGCCCACGGCGUUCCGGGAUAUCCUCCUGCUGCAGUCCAAGCUGCUCCUCUACACGCCGGUCAACGAGCAUUUCGGGAUCGUGCCUGUCGAGGCGAUGCGCGCGGGUAUUCCGGUUCUUGCGUCGAAUACGGGCGGACCCCUGGAGACAAUUGUCGAGGGAGAGACGGGCUGGCUAAGGGAUGCGAAGAACGACGCUGACUGGACGGCUGUCAUGAACAAGGUGCUCUACGAGAUGGACCAGACGGAGUUGGAUCGUAUGUCUGCCGCGGCAAAGAAGCGGGUCGAGAGCGAGUUCUCUCUCACCGCAAUGGGCGGAAAGUUGGAGGACGAGAUCGCCGACAUGCUCCGCAAGGAGAGGCGGCCAUUCAAUGGUUUCCAGCAGAUCCUCGCGCUUUUGGCUUUGCUGGGCGUUGUGUUCGCUGUUUCUGUUACUUUUCUUCUCAGAUUGCUUUGAUCUGCUUUGCUACUCAAUACCCUUUUGCAAUGUAUAUUAGAAUCUUCUGGUUAUGUCUGAUGUUUCCCCGUCAAUUGAGCUCUUGUAUAGAUAGAAAUUUCACGUGAUUGCGCGC